CGUGGAUGCUUUUUAUAAGACGGAGAGCACACACGAAUGCAGUACACUGUCCUGGCUUCGAAGGGACUCGAGGUUUCCUCUGAAUUGCCAUUAUAAGCUGUCUCAAAAUGAUUACCAUUGGUAUUGUACUUUUUGGUUUAUUCUACCAGACCCUCGCAGAGAAAGAGUUCGUUAAGGAAACCAAAGCGGUCCGCUGCUUUGACUGUAACUACAGCCCUUCUGGUUUUUACCCCAGUGGAUACGAGAGAGGGUACGAGAGGUGCGCUCUGUCUACCUAUGGGGACGCAGACUUCAUAGAUAAGUGGGAAUGCCGCUCUGGUCGAUGUUUUAUACGCCAAGACAAAAAUGGACUCGUAUUUCGUGGUUGCGCCGAUGAAGCUAACGUUCCGUAUGGUGUAGACCCCACCAAAAGCUGCAGCACCCAAGGCCACGCCUACUGGUACUUUUGCUAUGGCGACCUGUGUAAUGAUGGACAGCUGGGAAACAACGUGUACGAUAAAUACACCGGGCAGCUCACAAAGGACGUAUGCGGCUACGAACCUGACCAGAAGGAACAGCCACCGUACAACCCAUGUGCUAAGAACAAGUGCCUGAAGAACCCCAGUGGUGUCUACGCAGACCCUGACAACAAGGAGGGGUUUAUCCAGUGUGGGUGUGGUCGUGACGGCUACGGGAAACCCUGCACGUGCUGCGUGCCUCUACGGCUCAGGUGCCCGUACGGCACUGUGUUUGACGAGUACAACAAGGAAUGCACCUCCCGAUACAAGUAUGAAGCGGAAUAUGAAAAGCAGAAACUCUUGAAAGAAGAAUGA